GUGCUGCAUCUCAUAGGCGUUUGCAUAACCCUUCCCACUCCUGCACUUCUUCAGCCACUUUCACCAGUUCAUUUUCAGACAGCUGCUUUUUAGAGUAAUUUCGUAUCGCGUGGAGCUCCACAACACAAAAACGAUGAAGUCCCUGUAGUUUUUUACGCACAAAUGUUUUUGCUCCAAGGCAACUAAUUGCAAUACACUGAGAAUCUCUCGCUCUGGUGUGUAACGUGAUGCAGUAGUUUCCGUAAAUGGUCUUUACUCAAUGGCGACAGUUCGGUGGUACUGAGCCGCAUGAGGUGCAGCUCUUGCUCCUCAGCAGAAACAUUUCACUUAACGAGCCACUUGACAGCCAUAUAUUUGAGUAGGUUUUACUUUUUCUUCAGUGGCGGGACGGUAAAAACAUCAUUUCCAUGCGCCUGACUUCAUUCGAGGAUACUGCAUUUUCUACAAAAGAAUGACUUCAGUGUGGAAAAGAUUACAAAGAGUUGGCAAAAAGGCCACUAAAUUUCAGUUCGUGGCUUCGUAUCAAGAACUUGUUCUGGAAUGUACAAAGAAAUGGCAACCAGACAAACUGAGAGUGGUGUGGACAAGAAGGAACAGACGCAUUUGCUCCAAGCUUCAUGCAUGGCAGCCAGGCAUCAAAAAUCCCUACAGGGGAAUGGUAGUGUGGCCUGUUCCUGAGAAUGUGGACAUUACCGUCACACUCUACAGGGACCCACAUGCAGAUGAGUUUGAAGACAAAGAAUGGACUUUUUUCAUUGAGAAUGAGACAGCUAAGGGCAGUCGGAAAGUUUUGGCAUCUGUGGACUUGAACAUGAAGAAGUUUGCCAGUGCCACACACUCGCAGACGGACCUGACGCUCAAAAUGAAGCCUCUGUCGGUUAAGGUGGUGGAGGCCACGCUGAAGCUCUCCUUAUCCUGUGUGUUCCUCAAGGAAGGGAAAGCUACUGACGAGGACAUGCAGAGUCUCGCCAGUCUGAUGAGUGUAAAACCAACAGACAUCGGGAAUCUGGAUGAUUUUAAUGAGAGUGAUGAAGAGGAGGAUAAGAGAUCCAGUACUGGGAUUAAUCUCAGUACUGCAGCUCCAGCAUCCCACCUUCCUCUUCGACCAACACGUUCCCAAGAAAAGAGACCUGCAUCUCUAAAGACCCCUUCAGUAAUAGUCAGUGGUAAGGAGAGGCCUGCUGGUGGUGUCCUCUCACGCCCAACAUCUGGCACUAUCCAUAACCCUGACCUGCCAGCACGUCCACCUUUACCCACCCCACCCAGUCCAACCCCUCGCACCAUGCCCUCACCCGCCCGCUCCAGACCGCCACGUCCACCACCCAUUGCCCAGCUACAGGCCCCACCUGACUCCCUCACAGAGCAAAAUACUACUGGUUUGCUCCCCCCAGCAUUGCCUAAAAUCUUCCAGCCGUCCCCUGGCUCAGCUCCUGUGUCUUUUCCAAGACGGCUAUCAGGCUCUGAGGCCCCUCUAGAGGGUCCUGUGACCUCUGACUAUCCUCUGCUCAAACUCCCUCGGGCUUCUAUUUCUUCUCCUUCCGAUCCCUUCCUCUUUCACUCUCCCUCUCCUCCCACUGUACUCCCAAAAGAUUCUUUUGGAACACCUCGCACCAAUGUUUUUAAGCCCAAGAUUGUCCCCAGUGCUCGCCCUGUAUCCCCCACGCCUGUUCCCCUCCUCGAACCCAAAACUUCUUCUCUCUCUCUCUCUGACACGCUUAAGCGUCCAUCUGCUGGCAGCGUGCCAGCAUUUGCAGAGCUAAAUGAGCGGACAGUGGCGGUUUCUACAUCUCCCUUCUUCAGUGUCCCUCUAAAUGAAUCUGUGACACCUGUUCCUUUGCUGAGCAAACCGGAUCUUGAAGCGCUUUGUGAAACAUCUUGCCCUUCUAGUCAACUCCCCAAGCCACCUCCGCCUCCUUCUGCCUCGAUUUCUUACUCCAUCAGCAAACCCCUACCUAUCUCUUUUACCCCAACAACUAUAUCCUCCUCUACCUCUGCUCUUGCCCUGUCAACUACUGAUGCUCUCACAAAUGCCCCCUGCUGUUCACCUCAAUCUUCUUCUGCACAGUCAGAAAUACCCAGGGAGCUCAACACACUUACAGAGGAGGAUCAAACAAAUCCAUUUUUACAAGAUUUACUCGAUGAAGAACUGAAGACCUCUGAGCCCAAACAAGAGCAGCAUCGCUCCUCUCGGACUGUCUGCAGCAUUAGCAUUGCAAAUCAACAAUCUCCUUCCUCACUCCGUAAAACGGAAACCAGCAGCACUGAAAGAAAAGAGCUCAAACCUGCCACAGCUGUAAAAAGUCUUGGGCCUGUUGGCACAUCAUCUUUAGACACAUCUGGACUACAGCCUGUGGAAGCUUCCAGAUCUGAGGAACUGGACAUUGGAACUGUCCCUCCUCCACACCCAUUCUCUGCUCCAGCAACAAUACCUCUCUCAUCCGCAAUUUCCACUCUUACAGAGAAAAAUCAACAAGUUUUUAUUGCAGAGAAACCACCUUUGGCAGAGGAAGAGCCGGAUUUUAAAGUGGCCGAUUUUGAUGAAGUGAUCAUGACCUCUAAACCCAUUAAAGAUGUUACUGUUAGCAGAUGCCCUGAGAAAGAACCACUCAAAAUAGACACUGAACAGCCAAUGCAGUCCAGUCUGGUUCAAACCUUUUCAAUAACCGAUGAUGACUUACUAAAGCAACCAGAAAACACAAUAAUUGAAUCAGCAGGGGAAGUUUCUCCAAAAGAGGAACCGAAUGAGCAGAAUGUGAAGGGUGCUCUGCUUUGUGCCGACCUCAACAAAUCAGACGAGGACAAGAUAUUCAAGAAAUUUGCCUCAACUGUGGUUACCCCUACAGAACAAAAUAUCCACAACGUUUUAUCCAGGUCAUCACCUCUACAGCAAGAACCUACAGAUCUUCCCAGGGACAAAAAUCAAGUGUGGGUGGAAGAAGUCCUUGCGUCUAAGGUCGACAGUAGUUUGAGAGAGCAACAGUCCCAUAAGGAUCAUCUGGACAAGAUUUUAACUAUUGAGGAAAGUCAAAAUGAAAUGGCCUUCACUCCAACUGACAGGCCUAGCGUUAGCCUCAAAGCAACUGUCCCUCAGAUAUCAGCUCUUCCCAAAGUGCUUCCUCCCAGUCAUCCCCAAUCCCUGGAGCCCAAAGUCCUGAAAUGCAUCUCAGAACAAUCUCCAGCAGUCAGUGAACCAGCUAAACCAGAGCUGAUCAUGAAGGAGUCAGACGUGACAGUGUUAACACAGAAGAGCAUGGAGGUCCAUUCACUUCCAUUCACUCAAGCAGAAGUGCCGAUCUGGAGUUCUCUGGAAGAGAAAGUAAAAGAUCAGGAGGAUGAAGCAAGAGAUGAGGAAAUAAAUAAGCACAAAACGCCUCACAAGAUGCCAAAAGAAGAAAAUAAAGCCAAAGUGUCAUCAAAAAAAUCUUUAGAUGGAGGUGAAGAAAAAGCUCUUAACCAAAUCGAGGAUGCUGAGAAUCUCGUUUUAACUGAACCAGUGUCCCAGCAGCCGAUACCUUCCAAUGUCCUAAAGCCACAACCAGCUGAGACUAUUAAGGAGAAGAAAACAGAAGCUGUUAAAGUCAGUAUACCGGUCCGUAUGAAGCCUUCACUUCCUGUGAUCUCCCCUGCUGUUGCUGUAAAGGAAAACAGGACAUCACUGCAUCUGGAGGAACUUUGCCCUCUGACGCCAAACCUGUCUCUGGAUACUGAGUCUGACGGAAAUGGUUUAAAGAAAAAGGUCACGCUUGAAGAAGAGAGUGUGUUAUGGGCCACAGUAGAGGAGAAAACAAAAGAAAAAAGUGAUGAGGUUGUUAGCAUGGGCAAGUCGGUAACAGAAAAAGAGGUCCUGGAUAGGGGCCAACGUGGACAGGAAACAUCAGAAAACAAGCCAGAGGAGCAAAAGGACUCCUUCGCGUUGCCCCCUUUCCACCACAAACUGGUUAAAAAUGCUAUCAGAGAAAGACAGACAGAAGAAAAGAAAGAGACGAUCACUGAAGUGGAAGAUUUAGAUGAUAAGAAGAUGCUGCAAACUGGCAAUGAGAGAAUUUGGACAACUCAGGCUGGACCUAAAGAAGAUCUGAAGACUGAAGGUGUCUGUUCAGGGACUGAACCUGGCCUUGAGCUUGAUGUAGGAACAGACAGGACCAUGGACACAUGUAUACCGGAACAUGACACUAUUUCUGAUCAGGAAGAGGUAUCUGUAGGAUUCAUACAGGGGAUUUUUGGUGUUCUGUACAAAGGUUAUGAGACCAUGACAUCUAAACUACAGCAGCCAAGCGCGGCAGAAACAGAUGUUCAAGAUGACACGAUCUUGGACAAUCAAGAUGGAUCUGUGGUUGAAAUUCUUCCUCCCGAGGCCUUCAGUGACACCAAAAUUGAGCAUCCAACUGAUGAUGACCCCCAGGAAAACUUAAUCAAGGAUUUGUUACCGUCUAGCGAGUUACAGAUAGAUAUUCAGACCACAGAGUCAGUGGCCAUGAGCUUGGUGGAGUGCUUGAAACUGGCUGCCAGAGAAACUCAAAGCGGAUCCAUGAAUUUCAAAGCCCAGGAUGAAGGAAGCCCUUCUAAACAGAAAACAGCAACUGAGCAAACCCAAAUACUGACACCAAACAGAAAAGAUAAAAGCAUGAAGAUGGAAUUAAUGUCUGAGAGUGUGAUAUCAAAUGAAGAGAUAAGCGAAGAGCCAUGCUUACCUCUUGAAACCACCAGAGAAGACAUAACUGCUAAGAAAGAGGUGCAAAACGUCAGUGCUGUGGAAACAGAUAGUCCGGUGACGGUGGUAGACUUUGAGGAAAUAAAAAUACACGAAAGCCCAAAAAGAAAUGGACAUGAAGAACUUGUGCUUGGCAAGAUGAUUCCUGGCAAGACAACAGCAGCAGAUUUAAGGCCUAUGGCGGAGUCUGGGGGUUCACAGGAGGAUCUGGAAUAUGAACUGGGUCAGGAAGAUUUAGGGACAGUGUGGUCUGCUGAGCUAUAUAUGGAUGGAGGACCAGAGGAAUCCUCAAUACAGCCAAUACCGCAACCAAGAGAUUUCACAGCCAAACAAACACUAGAAGCACCUCAGACUGCCUUUCCAUCAGAAUCUGUGUCGAUAUUAAAAGACACUACACUAACGGAAACUAUUUCCCAACCUGUUGGCAAAGUUAUCCCUCCCUGUCAAGAUGAGAGUGUGCAGUCACCACCCCCAGUGCCUUUACAGGAAGUCGGCCCUGAUGACAUAAAUCAAGACAGUAGCGGUGCAGCGGCUAACAGACAUGUGGUUCCACAAUGUGAUGAAAAAGGAACCACUCUGUCACAUGUAACUACAGAGACAACAACUGUAAAGACUGUUGAGAUAUGCAGUGAUGUUGCGAAAGAGACGAGUGAUAAUAACGUAUCACCACUAGAGGGCGACAUUACCAAAACCAUGUCUAUUGAUAACACUUCAAAAGUUGUGGUGGAAAAAGAGAGCUGCCCAGUCAUCACCAAGGCAUCGGAAAACAUUAUUAUAGCAGCCACAGUGAGACCAACAGAUAUAAACGUUGAUGAGAAUGUUGUUUCCGGGCAGGACAUUUCUCCGAGGAGCUCUGUGGUCCCGUGGCCAUUUCCCUCUCCUAAACUCGAAAGAAACCAUGAGCUAACAAAAGGUACAGAAAGUUCCAGUCUAAAGGAUGGCAGUCUCUCAGAGGAGAGUGUUCUGUUAGAAAAGAUUCGUCAAAUGGCAGAAGAGGAGACGACACAGCCUCCAGCUCCUGCUCCACGCAGGAUACGCUUGAUUCCCUGCAAGUCUGAUUUCGAACUUCCUCCAACUCCGCCCCUGCAACUCAAGUCUAGCAUGAAACCGCCCAUGGAUGAGAUAAAGCCAAAUUUAGAUCACACUGAGAUCAAAAAUACUAUUGGACCUCAACCGUCAGUGAUUUCUCCAGAGGAUAUAGAUGAGAAGAUUGACAUCAGUCAGUCUCAGACGUCCUUUGUGCCACUGGAGAAUUUUAAGUUAGAUGAAAGAGAAACCAAUGCUAGAAAUGCUGUUACAGAUGAUAACGUCCUGUUACACAAGCAAGAACAAAAUGUCCAGCUGGAAUGUAUGGCAGCUGAAAGGGAGUGCCAAGAUACUCCAGCUGUUAAGCCCACAAACCAGACAGAAAACACAGAAACAGAAGCUGAAAAUAAGAACAAGGAACAACCAGAUUUAAGUAUUGAUAGAAGCGAAGAGGCUGAAAUAGAGCAAGAUAGACCACCAUCUCCAGUGUCUGAUGAGUUGGCUGGUCAUCCUCAAGAAAAGGAUUCCUCUGAUGUAACCCCUGAGGCUAAUGGAAGCGAGACACCAUCUAGGAGCCCAGGCAGCAUGCAGGUUAAUGGACAGACCACUGUAGAGGCAUCCCAUGUGAUUGUGCCCCCAGUGCGCAGUAAAAAGAAAAUCAUUCCACCGCCCAUGGACCUCACGAUAGUAAAUACAAUGGAUGAAUCAAAUAAAGAGGGUUCAGCAUUGCCUGCAUGGGAUUUUGCCAGUCCACUGCCGAGUCCUGGUCUGGUGACCUCCAGUCAGUCCUUGCUGGUGUGGUGUCAAGAGAUCACUAAGAACUAUAAGGGAGUGAAAAUCACAAACUUUAGCACCUCUUGGCGUAAUGGCUUGGCGUUCUGUGCCAUCUUACAUCACUUCCACCCUGAGAUAAUAGACUUUGAUGCAUUAGAGCCUCAUAACAUAAAGCAAAACAACAAAAACGCUUUUGAUGGUUUUGCAUCACUGGGAAUCUCUCGUCUGCUGGAGCCCUCAGACAUGGUGCUUCUCUCUGUGCCAGAUCGUUUGAUUGUCAUGACGUACUUGUGCCAAAUCCGUGCACACUUCACUGGGCAGGAGCUGAGUGUGUUACAGAUAGAGCAGAACAACAGUCAGUCCAGCUACGCAUUGGCCGGGCCAAACCAGCAGCCGGAUGUACAAGCAGCAGCCAAAUUCUGUGCUGAGAGGCUCCAGGCUGGAUCUGUGUCAGGAGACAAUAACAGCAAGGACUCACUGGGAGAGGAGGGAAGUGACACUGUGGCUAAACCCAACGGAGGUCUUGUUCCUCCACCUCGGACUAAACGUGCUGGAAAGGUGGAUGAGAAGGGCAGUAAGGAGACACAGGAAGGUGCACAGACACCUGUGGCCCCGCCACGACCAAACGCAGCGGCUUCCAGAUCAGGGUUUGGGCACAUACGAGAUGCAGAUCUAAUGAAGAAACGGCGGUCGCGACUGAAAAGUGAAUCCAUGGACGAGCCUGAUUCAAAGGAGCAGCCAAAUGAGUCUGAUAAAAGUGAACCAUCAGUUGAAGUAACAAAUGGCUCAACAGCUGCCAGAGAAAGUGUUGAAACAGAACCUCAUGAAGCAAACCAAGAUGUUAAAUCAGCAGAUAAUGAGACGAUGUGUCUGCAGGACACCAAUCAGUAUGUGUUGAGUGAACUCCAGGCCCUGGAAACCGAACAGAAGCACAUAGACAGCAGAGCUGCCGUCGUGGAGAAAAGGCUCAGAAAGCUCAUGGAGACGGGAAGUGAUAAAGAUGAAGAAGAGAAGCUGAUUCAGGAGUGGUUCACUCUGGUCAACAAGAAGAAUGCUUUGAUCAGGAGACAAGACCAUCUGGAGCUGCUGCAAGAAGAGCAGGAUUUAGAAAGAAGGUUUGAGCUGCUAAACCGAGAGCUCAGAGCCAUGAUGGCUAUUGAAGACUGGCAGAAGACUCAGGCCCAGCAGCACAGAGAACAGCUACUGCUGCAGGAGCUGGUGUCACUGGUCAACAAGCGGGACGAGCUGGUCAGAGACAUGGAUGCAAAAGAGAGAGGAGCUUUGGAGGAGGAUGAAAGACUACAGAAAGGUCUGGAGGCAAGACGUAGAAAAUACAGCAAUAAGGAAAAGUGUGUUCUUCAAUAGGGACAUAAAACUUGAAUUCAUUUGAAAACUGUGGCUCACUGCACCAGAGACAGACAAUCUUGAUGACUGACUACACCAGGACAUUAGUGUGCCUUGUUUUAACUUUCAAAGACAUUUGGCUUAAACGUGAAGCCCUCAACAUCUUCAAGAUCUCAGUGACAUCAGUGGGAUAUAAAACAUGUCCAGUGUGGAUCAUACUAGUUAUUCCCUGAAAGUUUGCACAACGAUUUGAAGGUUCUUCCAGGAUGCACUGGUAAAGAGUUUGGUAUUAUAAGCAAUAUUACUUUAAAUCUGAAAAGGUCUUUGUUUUAUUGGACAGUAAACAAACACCCUUUACAUACCUGAAUGGUUACAGACAAAUAAACUGAACACAAGAAAUAAAAGGGAGAAAGGAGAAAAAAUCCUUCCUACUGCUGUAUAUUGCAAAAUAAAAGUAUUAUUGAGACUUGUGUCAUGCGACCUUUGUGAGGAUUUUUUUUUUUUUUCUGAAGCGAACAAAACAUUGCUCAAUAGACUUCUUCCAAGCUACAGCAGUGAGCAGGAUUUUUUCCCCUUUGUUAUGUUUUAUUGGAAAUGUAAUGUUGCUUGUCAAUUUUUUUUUUUUUUUUUUACUUUGCUCCAGAUAGGACAAAAAUUAAGAUAAUUUGACUUUGUCUUUAAGAUGUAUUGAACAUGCAAAGAGACUUGCACCAAAGUUUGCUGUUUUUACAUUAUUUAUUUAAGUGUGUUGUUUCCUGAUAUGCCAAAAUGUCUCUGUUGGGCUGUUGUCUUGUGUUAGCUGCAAAUUGUAUUCUCUGAUAGUUUAUCAGACAAUGUGUCUCCAAAUGAAUGUAUUCAUAAAGUUUUAUUGCAUUGCAGUGCCUUUAGAGAUUUAAUACCUUUUGAAAAGGGCUUUUUAUAUAUACCGAAGCCUGUAUUUUUCAGUUUUAAACCUUGAACGAUAACAAAAUGAAAAAUAUUUAUGGAUUGUUUUAUAGCCUAUACAAAAAGUAUUUUAUCUGACUACUCUUUUUGAUAUGUAAAUGUUAUUCAUUCCUAUUUUAAGAUUUAGAGUGUUUUAUUCAAUAAAGUUUGAUGCUGUUUGAA